AUGCAAGCCACAUGCCAAGCGCAUUUGUCCCAAUUUCCCCGGAGUCCGAGCUCGCCAUCUAGCCGUAUCAGCCACCGCAAAACCUGGGGUCGUAUACUUCCACCACUCAACUCCAACAUGACAAGCCACACUUACGGUAUCUGGCAUCGCCGUUUAGUUUCGCCAAGGACGACACACCCAGCCGAUAUUCGCCAAGUUAAAUAG